AUGUUUGGCUUCGGUCGAGUAAGUCAACACACACAUUACAUCACUCGCUCAAUCCCUGACCCUCAAAUUCCCCCCGCUGGUUGGCCUCAGUUGAUGCACCUCACGUUCGACGUGCUCCUCGUUUCGGCCUGCUUGGCCGGAAUCAAGCGUUCGACCGGUCUCUCCCCCGCGUUAACGAGGAUAGGCUCCAAGGAUCUCAGGCAGCUAUGCGUCGUAAGUACUCCGUGCAGAGGUCCUCCCUCUCUCGCACGUGGCGCAGUUCUGAAUCGUCCAUUCGAGAGACUGACGAGGCUCCUGAUGACGUGGCUCACUCCUGACGCAGACCUACCUCGAAUUGGGAGAAUGGGUCAUGGAUCUCAGCAUGUGGGUUGACCAGAUGCCUCUUUGAUCCCAGCCAAGCAAGGCAUCGGCUUAAUCGGCGGAACUUUCUCGAUCCACAGUGUUGCGAUGGGAAGAUCGAGCGCUUUCGAGAGGAGGCGAUAGUGGUCGCCGAUCGGUGGCUUGGCCACGAGCAGCUGAGGAGCGAGGGGCUGAGGAUGUCAGGGUGGGGAGGUUGA